UUGGCUACCUGAAGGCUAGAGGAGAGUGAAACUACUAAGGGAGAAAGUCUAUCUCUCUCUCUCUCUCUCUCUCUCUCUAUCUUUAUUGCCAAUAGAGAAGAAAGGACAUCAAAGACCUCUGCUUUCCUGUAUCUUCUGAAAAAGUUUUCUUAAGGCCUAAGAAAACUUAUUCCAAAUAGGACACAGAAGAAGAUGAAUUCUGAUUCUAGCUCCAUGUCCAGCCGAGCCUCAUCUCCAGAUAUAGAUGACAUCUACCUACGGGGCCAACAUCAUUCCCUCCAGGACAGCAGAAUGAACUCUGUCUCCUCUACCCAGAAUGACAUCAUGCACAAAAUGUCAGAGGAACUCCUCACAAGGCACGGUUUUAAAGGAGAAGGAGAAAGCAGCAACUAUAAAAUGAAGAAGCAACUAUCAGAACAUGAUGUGCAGACGUUGAGGCUGAAAAUCAAUGGAAGGGAGCGCAAAAGAAUGCAUGACCUGAACCUUGCUAUGGACGGCCUGAGGGAAGUCAUGCCCUAUGCUCAUGGACCCUCUGUGAGAAAACUUUCCAAAAUUGCUACUCUCCUGCUUGCAAGAAACUACAUCUUGAUGCUUACAAGCUCACUGGAGGAAAUGAAGAGGCUAGUGGGUGAGAUCUAUGGGGGCCAUCAUUCUGCAUUUCACUGUGGGACUGUGGGACAUUCUGCCACUCAUCCAGUUCACCCACCAAAUGCCAUCCAUCAGAUGCAUCCCAUCCUGGGCAGCGCAGUAUCUUCUAAUAACACAUCCAUCCUUUCUGGACCAUUACCAGGAAUUGGCAGCAUUAGACCUGCACAUUCUCUGCUCAAAACUACAGCGACCCCUCCGCUCCCACUUGGCAGCAGUUUUCAACAUUGGGCAGGCCUACCUUGUCCUUGUACUAUCUGUCAGAUGCCACCACCACCUCAGCUGUCUACUCUAUCGGGCAGCCUGAACAGGAUCACUGCAGAAGGCAAAGACUUGCUAAAGUAGUAAUUUCAAUUAUGACAGACUUUUCCCGAUAAUCUGAUAAACUGCAUAUAUCUAUAAAUGUAUACUACUGGUGUAUUGUGGUAUUCAGGAAGACUCCUUUUGUAUCCUUUUUGCAUGCAUGCUUCUUUACUUUCUGCAUCUUUUGUACCGUCAUCAUGAGAAACAUCUCAGUAAGGUAAACUUUAGAUGAAUUCAAUGUGUUAUCUGUAAAUGUUGAAUGUAAAUAUAUUCAGAGAUUAGAGUUAUACUGUAUAGCCUAUAAUUCACAAAAUCUGUAGAAGCGUGUACGAUAUAUAUAUAUAUAUAUAUAUAUAUAUAUAUAUAUAUAUAUAAUUUCUACCAU